UACGUCCGUAAAUUUAAUAUAUUUCCCAUUUCCCAUACAAGUGAUACAUCCCUUUACAUAUAUUUCUGAAGUCACGGGGAGAUUUUUCAUCGAUCCGGUAGUUUUGGACUAGUUUCGCGUUAUCCUUAUCUCAUCACUCUCGAAUCCCUCGUUAAGAUGGCUGCCCACGCUGUUGAGCUGGCACCAAAAUCGCUGAGCGCCCAGUUAGCUCUCCGGUCGAUUGGAGAUGAUCAGUUCAUCAGUGUGAUUCCUCCAGAUCAAAUGGCCAACUCGAAGAGCAUCGCGUACGGCGGCUGUACCAUUUCCGCCUCGCUUCACGCGGCCUUCCAAACCGUAGGCCCAAAUUACGCCCUCUAUUCUGCAACUGGAAGCUUCUUGGGCCCUUCGUUGGUUGACCGGCCGUUCAUUGCGCGAGUACGACGCGUGCGCGACACGAGAUCAUUUGCAACUCGCGUCAUAGACUUGAGCCAAAGCACGAACGCUGUUCCCUACGAAACCCUCACGAAGGCCGUGAAGGAAAACCUGGAGAAGACUGAGCGGAAGGUGAUGAUCAUGAUUGCGGAUUUCCAAGCCCCGGAACCGGAGGCGCUGCUCCAGUAUUCUGUCAAGCCAUUCAGGCAAUACUCUCCAGUCGAGAUAUGCAAGCCGCACGAUCAAACCGCUCUAGAGAUGGAAGAGAAGGGAUUACUCCCACCGGGAGUGUCAGAAGGGUUGAAGAAGGAAUUUGGGCUGGUCAAGAAACUUCAAUUCGAACAGCGCACCACGCCAGAAGGAGUCAUGGGCCAGACCUUUGGGGCGGCGAAGUGGUUGAAGACCAGCCAGGAUGAUCUGGAUGUUACAGAGAAGACAUCUGCCGACUAUUUCCGACAUGUUGGAACGACUCAAACCCAAGCCGAGAACGUGUGCGGACUUUCGCUCAUGAUGGACGGGGCGCUGUCGUUCAUUCCGUUGGCGCAUAACGCCAUGUGGUUCGAUGAAGCCGGCCCGUGCUCGACGCUUGACUUCGCCCUAAGAUUAUAUGUCACUGAAAUCGACCUCAGUAAGUGGCACCUAAGAGAAUGGCGAACGAUAGUUGCCGACCAUGCGAGGACGUACACCGAGUCGAGGCUCUUUGAUAAGACAGGGACGAAGUUAGUGGCGAAUAUGACCCAACAGUGCAUUCUGAGACCAGCACCGAAGAAGCAAAAGUUAUAGACGGAAUGGUUUUUGAAGUUAGAAGAUGGAUACUGUCAGGCUACGAAAGGAUGAGGUGAAACUCUGUAAUUCGCGAUAUACGAGAAUCAAUCUACGAAGGAGGAAGGAAGAUCUAAGUACAUGCCGCUGUGUGAGC